AGAGAGAGAGAGAGAGAGAGAGAGAGAGAGAGAGAGAGAGAAAUCGAACGACGAAAGAACGACGUUAUGCUACCUGAACCCGAAGAUCUUCCAGCUUCGAGAGACAACGCAAGUUCGAGUCGCCAGGAUAUCUGAUAACAAAGUUGCAGAACCUGAAGAACGCAAAGACUGGAUCAAAUUAGCAAACAGGCAGGCAGACAGGAGGAAGGAAUAAACAAGCAGAGUUCGGUGAAAAUGGUAACGUGAAGAGACGGCGGAGAAGAAGGGAAGCGCAAUCGGGACGAAGCGGUGGACGAAUCGUAAGGCUGAACGAUGGAAAUGAACUCGACGACGACCACAAUCAUUCCCGGUUACUACAAUGCUGGCAGAUCCAUCGGCAACGACAGCCCAUACGAGUGCGAUCAGGAGGUCAACACAUACGGCCUGUCCGACUUCAUUAUCUACGGCGUGCUCAUCAACCUGAUAGGUCUCUUCGGGAUCCUCGGCAACACGAUCUCGAUGAUUAUCCUGUCGCGGCCGCAGAUGAAAUCGUCCAUCAAUUAUCUGCUGAUCGGACUGGCCAGAUGCGAUACUGUGCUGAUCAUCGUCGCAAUGCUGAUCUACGGACUGCCGGCGAUCUACACGUACACGGGUCUACUGUUCCACUACAAGUUCAUCGUCUACCCGAAGAUUAUCAAGUUCCUGUACCCGUUCUCCUGCAUGGCGCAGAUUGUGACGGUGUACCUGACGCUGACGGUGACCGUGGAGAGAUACAUCGCGGUCUGCCAUCCGCUGAAAGCCAGAUCGUUUUGCACUUACGGACGAGCGCAGGUGGCGGUGUUGGUUAUAGUGGUCUUUGCCUUUCUCUACAAUUUACCGAAGUUCUGGGAAAUCGAAGUGUACGUCGAGAUACAUUGGAAGUACAACGUCACUGUGUACUGCAUCACGCCGACCGAGAUGAGGAGCAACGAGUAUUACGUCACCCUGUACAUACACUGGUUGUAUUUCUUCGUGUACUACAUGUUCCCGUUCAUCGCGCUGGUGAUCUUCAAUACGGCCAUUUAUCGACGGGUCAGGAAAGCGAACAAGGACCUGCAGCAACUGUCGCGUCACCAGCGCCGCGAGAUCGGCCUGGCGACGAUGCUACUGUGCGUGGUGGUGGUCUUCCUGAUUUGCAACAUCCUGCCGUUGGCCUCGAAUAUCCACGAGACGUUCAUCGAGGACCCGCCGCGAUGGAUGGUACAGAUCGGCAAUCUCCUGGUGACCAUCAACAGCAGCAUCAACUUUAUCAUCUAUGUGAUCUUCGGUCGCAAGUUCAAGAGGACGUUUCUUAAGCUCUUUUGCUCGGCGCGGCUGCACGGUCCUAACCGAGACAGUCCGGAGUUCCAGACAUACGAUGAGUCCAUCGUCACCAACACGACCAAUAUCGAGCUGAGGAACUCGGUCAGGCAACUCGGUCAUCUCAACCGUAGUAACACCAUCAAUCGAAACAACAACUUGAUCCAUGGUAACGUCCACGUUUCCAACGGCAGCACCAGGCAAAGCAUCAAGCUUUCCAGACCGGCCAGUUCCGGGCCCUGCGUUUAUUAUCCGACAAAGAGCCCAGCGAGAAGUCCCAGUCAGAUGUCCAGGGCGUCGAGCGGCCAGAACGGCUGGAACAGCAAAAAGGAGAACGACGACUCCACGCUGUAGCGAGGACUGACUGUUCCAUUUAUGUCGUUAUCCAAUCAGAAGUUGGUCAGUAGGGCGCUCCGGUCAAAUGUUGUUUUCCUUGGAUCGAUUGAAGAUGGUGAAGCAGAAGGGUAACUCGACGCGAUAGCUGUUAUCGUUCCAGACAUUCAUCCUUCUAGAAGAUGUCAGCCAAGUGUUUCGAUCGGCUUCCUUAUCAGUCGAAGAAUCGCGAGAUGAGGAGGAAAACGACAGACCUAUGUUGUAUCCUGCGGAUAACGUCGUUUCUCGCGUUCUUGAUCUUGCGUUUCUCGACGAGCGAUCCAUCCGGAGAUGUUGCUGAAGUGGGUAAUAUAAGCGUAACGACGAUGGAAAAUGUCCGUCGCGGGCCGUCGUAGUUCGAUGUUUCUUCUUGGAUUCAUCGUCCAACCGGGAUUCCUAUCGAGACGUCGUCUGGUCGGGUCGAGCAGCGCAGGCGAGAGAUGGACCAUUCCACGCCACACGGUGGACGACUGACGUGUGGACGUUCCUUAUUUUCAUUACUCAAGCAAGAGUCCUGCCAAGAAUCCUAGUAUCGGCUGUCAAGAACAGAUCCGCAGGGUGGAGCAGGUGGAAGACGAAGAACGGCGUUGUAUAGUACGUUCUAUAUUGACUUUCUCCGUGUAUAUCCUUCGUCCUGGAGAACUCUCUUAUAGCAGCCUCAAUGAAAUGUCCACUAAUCAGGAUAGGAUAGGAAUGGAUAGUAGAAAGAGGACGAGGGCGAUUUCGCGCCGCGGUGGACAGCGGAUAUUAUUGUUCCCCCGGGAGAAGCUCGAACCAAUCCACCCUCUCGUGCUCGGACGCUGUAAUCCCACGGGAUAGCGCGACUUCGAUAUAAGAAAAUGGGUCGUUAAGGGUAAUAUCUCUUGUAGGUUCGGUACCGUGAAAGACCAUCUUAUAGGAGGACCGAGUAACUCUGCGUCUCCUGCAGCGAUAAUCUUUCGAGCGGAAGUUCCCCGCUCGCCUUGGGACGAUCCAGUUUUAAACGUUGUGUGAGGAGACAUCGCUGCUGAGAUCUUGAUGUCGCGUCUUGAACUCCCUCGUCCGCCGAAUGGGGAGUUCUGUUUGAUUGUCAGAAUUACGCUAAUUGCUGAUUCGAUAGGUUUAAGCAAUAGAAAACUUCCUUUCUUCGUGAUAAAAGACUGGUGUCAAUAGAAUAAGCUCUGCCGCGUCUUUCGAGAGCUUUUUCCAUUGAUCAAAGCUCUCUUCGUUUCUCGCAACCUAUAUCCUCUUCCACAUUCUCGCAAACAAAGGAUCCAAGACUCACGCAUGGGUGCAUGUUGAGAUAAAGAAAUUAUAUAUAUAUAUAUAUAUAUAUGUACACUGUAAACAAAGUGCAGGUUAACAAAGUGCUUUCACGAUCGGAAGCUCCGCUUCGCGAGGAAAGUGUUGCACAAAGGAGAAGUUAAGAGGGAAUCCGCUAACUCAGAACGAAGCGGAGAGGUUUCGCGAACUUCUGCAGGGAGAUCGAGUCGGUCACGUACUUAGUUCUCCCGAGAAAAUAAAUCGGAUUUCGUCCAAGUCAAAAGUACAAGAACGAAAGGCGCGACAUUCCCUCGAGAGGACUUCCAUCUCGGCUGUAAAGGACGGAAGUCCCCUCCUACCUUCUCCGAUUCUCGCUCCGUGAAGCUCGGAGCAAUAUUCAUUAGCCAACAAUUGAGUGCUGUGUGUGAUCGCGCAACUAUGCGAAUAACGAACUUCCGGAUGAUGUAAAGGAUGUCGGUAUUAUCUUCGAGAUGUCCGUUGACAAAUUUUUCAACAUAAUUUCAUGCUCAGACAAAAAUCCAAUUAGUUAUUAUCGACGUAUUUUUCUAAAUUUUGGUUCGUAGACUCGAAGAGAUCGACAUUGUACAUAUAUCUCCUUUUAUCUAGAAAUAUAAAUUCGAAAAGGAAAACUAUAUAAAUUGCAUAAUGAAAUGGAACGUAGGUAUUAUUAUCCUCGAUGUGCUCUCGAAAUAUAAAUGUAAAAUGUAUCGAAUAUAUCACGAAUAGCAUGUAAUACCCGCACCGAACAGACAACGUUCUCACCCAUACGCGAGCAACUGAGUAUAUAUUAAAAAAAUGUAUAUGUAUAUUAAAAAGGAAAGAAAAUUAUUUAAUAGCUAGGCAUUAAUCUAAGGAUUGUAAAUAUAUUUCUAUCUCCUUAUAUUACCGAUACUCUCAUGUCGGAAACUAUAUUGACUUUUAAAUACAUCUUUUCUCUUAUUGCGACAAUUAUUUAUUUAUAGCUUGUAUAACGCUCCCUACUGAGGGAUUACUGCGACAACGCGAAACUAGAAGCAAAGCUCCGAUCCGGCGUUUGUAUCAUAAUCCAAGAUAAUUGUAAGAUAUUAUGAUUUAUCUUUACGAUUUUCUCCGAUAUAAAGAUAUUCUUGCUAACGAAAGAAACGAAGGAGAAAUCAAAUUUAAGUACAGAGGGAAACAAAACGCUCUCGUAGCUAUACGACAAGAGAUUCACCAUUCUAGUCAUGGAAUUUCUAUCGAUCCAGUAAAUAUAUUCAUAUACUUAAUAUGACAAUGACGAUCUGUAUAUAAUGUGCGAUUCUACCAUCUCGUGAACGCGCUGUCUGUCAUAUCUUACCGCUAUCUCGAUAUACUUGUAAAUACAAUUUAGGAAUCAUCAAUUAAUAAUAAUCAAUGGCUGGGAAAAAAGGCGCUAAUUCGAUUACUUUUGACCCUUUUUUUAUAUUGCGGGAAAUAGAUAAAGCAAAAAGAAUCAGCAAACAUCUAUUCCGUAGAAUUCUCUCUCUAAACUUUGAAAUGAAAUACUUAUUAAAUAUUCCCCAACUUUCUGUUUAGAUCUAUUUAGCCAAAAAAUAGACACAAUCUGUAAAUAAGAAUUGAGGUAAGUUGUUUGCAAGUCUUAGUUAAGUUUUAGUCUUUUUUAAUGUAGCAGAAUAUUUUCAGAAUUAGGACUUCAUUCCAGCCAACAUCUCUAUUCCAUCGCUGUCAAAGCAUAUCGUACAAAUCCGUUCCUCAUAAAUUAAUAGAGAUCUAAUUUAAUUGAAGAUAGCUAGAGAAAUAUAUUUCACCACCUAUGUAAAUGUACCUCUUUUCCAUUCAAAUGUGCUUUAAAUAAAUUUUAUUGUAUAUAAAAUAAAUUUAAGCCAACACACAAACACUACCAAGCAAAUAACUUAACUUCCUUGUGAUGAAACACAACUAUCACUCUUAUAUGUACUCAGUAUUCAGCGUAGUGAGCCAUGGAUAGUAUAGUGAAACCUUAUAACAGAGAAUCAAUUCCAUAUUUAAGACUGUCGACUUACUGUACUUUUCUAAAUCCUUGAAUAAAGUACAAUAAUAAAUAGUA